GGAGAAGGUAAGAGUGUCUAAAAAACACAGUUAUUUUCUCUCUCAAGCUUUCUCUCUCUUCCAUCAUUUUCAUGUCGCCUUCUUCUCUGAAAAGACAAAACCGUGGAUCUGUGAAUCUCUUCUUCCCCUUCUAAUCUCUCUCUCUCUCUUCGACUCUUUCCACUCCGUUUCUCUUCUUCUCUCCCACCCUCUCCUUCCCCAUCUCCCAAUUUCUUCUGAUUUUCAACAGAUUAGGGUUUUAAUUUCUGGUUCUUCUCUUCUUCCACUCGGAUCUACCCUCCCCCAUCUUGUUUAUACGCACAUUUCCGCCUCCCCUGCAAAUCCCAUCUCUGUUUUCUGCCAUCCAUUUUGAUUUCCGCCUUACCCAUCUUCUCUGUUCCUCAAUUUUCGCCAUUCUUUCUCUCUCUGUGUGUUUCCCUUUAAUAAUGUCGUCCUUGCGCCUAGAUCUGACAUCUAAGAUCUACCCCGAACCUGAUUCUCCGUUCUCUGUUAAUUCCGCCUCCAUUUCCACUUCUUCCUGUAUCGACCACUUCGAUCGUCUUCCUGAUUCCCUUCUUCUUCUUAUUUUCAACAAGAUCGGUGACGUGAAGGCUCUUGGUCGAUGCUGCGUUGUUUCUCGAAGGUUCCACUGCCUUGUGCCGCAGGUGGAGAACGUUGUUGUUCGUGUGGAUUGUGUUAUUUCUGAUGACGAAUCGUCUUCUUCCUCUUCCUCUUCUGGUAAAUCUCGUGGCCCCUUUUUUAAUAUUUUCCGCUUCGUAUUUGGUGGCAUUGUCAAACCCCUCCAAGCGUUGAGCCAGUUUUUGGGUCAGACACGAGCGUCCUCGAGUUUGGUUUCCUCUUCCUCUACCACCUCUCUUGCGGUUGGGACCGAAGAGGAUGGUGAAAUUGAUCAAGGUGGAGUGACCCAUCACUCUCCGACCCAAGUUCUCAAGAAUUUCAAUGAGAUUCGACUCCUUCGGAUCGAGCUUCCGAGUGGGGAAUUGGGUAUUGAUGAUGGGGUUUUGUUGAGAUGGCGAGCCGAUUUCGGAUCCACUUUGGAUAAUUGUGUGAUUUUGGGUGCUUCUUCGGUGAUUCACCCCGGCUCUUUCAAGCCUUCGAUUGUUCAAGAUAAUGGGACUGAUGGGGGGUUCUGUAUUGGCAAUGGCGGCGUUAGCGAUGAUAAUGGGAGUAUACCCGAAUCCUUUUACACAAAUGGAGGUCUAAAAUUGAGAGUAGUAUGGACGAUUAGUUCGCUUAUUGCGGCUUCAGCCAGGCACUAUCUGCUGCAACCAAUAAUAGCAGAUCACAAGACCUUGGAUAGUUUGGUUCUAACUGAUGCGGAUGGACAAGGGGUGCUAUGCAUGAACAAAGAUCAACUUGAGGAGUUGAGGGUGAAGCCCUUGUCUGCUUCUUCGGCAUCUAAGAGAACCCUUGUACCAGCUCUGAAUAUGAGGCUUUGGUAUGCCACACACCUAGAAUUGCCCAAUGGGUUGAUAUUGAAAGGCGCUACACUGGUUGCUAUUCGGCCUAGUGAACAGUCUGCGGUGAAGAAGGAUGUUCCGGAUUGCUCCUGGGCUUCAACAGCUUUUGAAGAACCAUAUAGGACUGCUGCAAAGAUGUUAGUUAAGAGGCGAACGUACUGCCUUGAGAUGAACUCUUUCUAAAAGCACAUUAGUAACUCGAGGUAUAGAAGAACAAUGGUGCAAAGGGCGGGAGAAAAUUGCAUAUCUUUAGAAAAUGAGAAUGAGGAAGAACAAUUCUUAUUGAUUGAUGUGCGACCUCGGAUAACUGGAAGGCAAUGAAACGAACUUCUGACUGGAGUGGCACGAAAAGGGGGAAAGAAAGAGAACUUAUUCGUCGUUGGCAUUAUCAUAAUACGAACGGUUGACCGUUUUUGGUAAAGGUAAUAGUGAAAAAUGCAUCUGCUGGUUGUUUUUGUUACAGGCAUUUGCUAUUUGGAGUGCAGACAAACAGCCAGCUAGAAUGAUGUUGUAAAAGCUUUGAGUUUGUAGUCCCUUAACUUCUGUCCAUCCUGUAUAUGUGAAUACUGUAGGUAAGACUCUUCAUUAUGAUUUCAUGUGAUAUAGUUUGAAGUUUAUAAAUGUAAGCCUUUGUUAAAUAA